GGAUCAUCCAUCCAUCCAUCCAAACAUGGCAGGGGCACCACGGGGGCUUCUCCUUGGCGUUUGCGCCGCGCUGAUGGUAAUAGCUGUUGCAACUGGCAGCGCGGCGUCAGUCGUCGUCGGCCUGGCCAAGUGCGCCGACUGCACGAGGAAGAACUUGAAGGCCGAGGCGGCUUUCAGAGGUCUUCAGGUGGCGAUCAAGUGCAAGAACAGUAAAGGUGACUACGAGAGCAAGGCCGUCAGCGAGCUGGAUGGCUCUGGCGCCUUCAACGUCCCGCUAACCACCGACCUCCACGGCGCCGACUGCCUGGCGCAGCUGCACAGCGCAGCGGGCACGCCGUGCCCCGGUCAGGAGCCUUCCCGGAUCGUUCCACAGUCCGAGAGCCACUUCGUGGUGGUUCCUGGCAAGACAAACAACCCAUCGGCAGAAUGCGCGUCGGUAACCAUUUGCGGUCCAAUCAAGAAACACUUCUUGGACCACUUCCACAAGAAACCUGUGCCACCGAAGCCGAAGCCGGAACCGAAGCCGGAACCUAAGCCACAGCCAGAGUACCACCCUCCGACGCCGACAUAUGGAUCACCUACGCCCACAUAUGGAUCCCCAACUCCGAUCUAUCAUCCUCCAGCCAGGCACUUGUUCGACAAGAAAAAAUUGUUUGAUCACUUCCACAAGAACUAUGACCACCAUCCCUUCCUCGACCACUUCCACAAGAAGUCUGUGCCACCAAAACCAAAGCCAGAGCCGAAGCCGAAGCCAGACUACCAUCCCCCAACGCCUACGUAUGGGUCUCCGACACCGAUCUACCACCCUCCAGCUAGGCAUUUGUUUGACAAGUUGCUUGAUCACUUCCACAAGGACCACGACCACCACCACUUCUUCGACCACUUCCACAAGAAGCCUGUUCCGCCGAAGCCGGAGCCCAAACCACAGCCCGAGUACCACCCCCCGACGCCCACGUAUGGGUCUCCUACUCCAAUCUACCAUCCUCCUGUUAAGCACUUGUCCGACAAGAAGCACUGGCUCGACCACUUCCACAAGGAGCACGAGCACCACCACUUCUUCGACCACUUCCACAAGAAGCCAGUGCCGCCAAAGCCAAAGCCAGAGCCCAUGCCCAAACCUCUGCCAGAGUACCACCCCCCAACGCCUACAUACAGUUCGCCGACGCCCACGUAUGGGUCCCCGACUCCGAUAUACCACCCUCCUGCCGAGCACUGAGUUGAAGAAUGCUACGUGAUCGACAUUGCAACAAGUUGGAUGCAUGCUCGUCUUGUGUGAUUUGGAGGCCUGUUCUUUUGUUUCUACAGAAUAAACUACAGCUACAUUUCUGAUACGUUUGAGUGAGGAUACUUCUUUGUGUGUUGGGAUAUAUGUCGUAUGUAAGAUCCAGGCGGUGUUCUUUAUUUGUAUGCAUGUCACUGUAAUGUCAUUGUUCACUUGUUAAGUAUCAAGUAAAAGGUGUACAGUGUGUUUUUAACUACCCUUGCAUAUUGGAACCAUUUAAAUGCAAAUAUCUGCAGUUCAAUUUGUA